GUUUUUCCCCCUUCCGGGAUUUCAUGGCCUCCUCACAAUAUGAAAACAACUCGCUUAUAGUCACGAUUUGCACUCCAAAAACUGCACUUUCAAAUAACAGUACAUUUCGCACAAUGAACCCACCAAUCUCCUUCCACCUUUGCUCGUCCCCGUUCCAAGUUCGAAUUUAGAGAAACAUAAUGCUUUUGACAACUGGGUGUCGUCCCGUGUUGCCCUGCUCUGCCUUGUGUUAUGGAAGUUUAGUUCCAUCCGCACAUAAAUUCAGUGAUCCCCCUCCUCCCUCCUCCCUCCAGCUAAUUAUGCAUCCUGCCCAUUCUGCGCCUUCGACGAGCGGCUUCUACGACGCCAAUGUCCCCACUGAACUGAACGACAGUUCCUUCCUACCAGACCAACUGACCCAUCCUUCCACCAUGAACACCACUGCCUCUGCCCAUCAUCCUCAAGACGACUUCACCACUCUGCAUCUUCCCUCUACCAUCGAAGCUUCAACGCCUGGUCUCUCUGCCAUUCAAGCUGCCAAUAAUGCGCAGGCAGAUCACACACUCCUCCUCCUUCAUGAAGAACCACAACAACGACGAAAGAGGAACAGGUCCUCACGAAAGCACAAUGGCACUCAACUCAUAUACUCUCAACGCCGUAGCAGUGUCUAUCUUCUGUCGUCGACAGGCCAUGCCCACCCAUACCCCAUGCAUAUAAAAGACGCAGACCUUGAAGAUACUCCAGCACAUGGUCAAGAUCAGGUGGUACAACUACACCUCAUACAAGUACAAGUUGGCGAUUGUUCUUCAGUGGAACAUGAUCUCAUUGGCAUCGGGGCUCAAUUCUCUCAAUAGAUAUAGACAAACAUUUCAUUUCAGGUGGAGGCAAAGGUUAACAAGCGACCCAACACAGGGUGGAGGUUCAGAUUUUGCUAUAGGAUUAGGAAUAAAAGUAUGUUCGCGACGUUAUCUUGCUGUCGCUUAACAAUUGUUUUUUUCCCACCCUGUGAGGGUUGAGUUGUGUAGUAGAAGCACUAGUCUCGCGCAGGUAUCGCUACUUUCACAUCACCAAACAAAUCGCCUGACUAGAUGCUAUCUACAAGAUAACAAUUAGAGAAUUGACUCCGAAAUUUUAUCACAGACAAUCAUAGCAUCUCACCACCCCACCUCAACUAUAACCCCCCAACUCCCUCUCCGUCCACCC